CAUUUGAUUUUUUUUUUUUUUUUCAGAUCUGCGUUACUGUUUCUUCUUUGAUUACACUGGCAUAUAUACGUGUUUCCUUUUCAUUUUCCUCUGUUUGUUUCCCUAGAAAAUUCAGGAAAAUAGAUUCAGCAAGGUUUUGUGCAUCUGCAUUAGCUUCUCAGGGAGCCGAUCAUACAUUUUCUGGUGAAUUGAAAGUGUGACAGAGUAUUACUCUCUGUCUGCUGUUCUGGUUUAGCCUUCUUCAUCUUCUUCAGUAUUCUCUGGGUCAUCCAAAAAAGCAGGGAAUGCUGAAACAUGUGCUUAAGAGCCUAGAAUUCUUUCCCUGCAUUGGAAACAUAACUCACAGCACAUUCCAACUGCGUCUUCAAAUGCCCUGUGCGGUUAGAGAUCACGUGGAACAAGUACUGAAACACGACUUCUGCGAAGGUGGUUGAGUUCUUAUAUCCGUGAAAUACAGUCCUGCCCAUUGGACCUCUAUUUGUGUAGACUGCAUUAGCAGGAGAAAAUAUCAUAUUGCUGUGUGCUGGGUUUUUGAACUUGCAAUGGAAAAUAAUGGGAGUAUCUUGAUGCAACGGUAUGAAUUAGGGAAAUUAUUAGGUCAAGGCACCUUUGCUAAGGUCCAUCAUGCCAGGAACCUUAAAACUGGCACUAGUGUUGCCAUUAAGAUAAUUGAUAAAGAGAAGAUUUUGAAGGUUGGGAUGGUGGAUCAGAUUAAGCGAGAGAUUUCUGUAAUGAGACUGGUUAGACACCCAAAUGUGGUAGAGCUUUAUGAGGUUAUGGCCAGCAAAACGAAGAUUUACUUUGUCAUGGAAUAUGCUAAAGGAGGGGAGCUCUUCAACAAGGUAGCCAAAGGAAAGCUCAAGGAGGAUGUUGCAAGGAAAUAUUUUCAACAGCUGAUCAGUGCGGUUGAUUUCUGUCACAGUAGAGGUGUUUAUCAUCGGGAUUUAAAGCCAGAAAACCUUCUACUGGAUGAGAAUGGAAAUCUAAAAGUUUCAGACUUUGGACUGAGUGCCCUUGCUGAAUCUAAGCACCAAGAUGGGUUGCUUCACACAACCUGUGGAACCCCUGCCUAUGUUGCUCCAGAGGUGAUCAAUAGGAAAGGCUAUGAUGGAGCCAAAGCUGAUAUAUGGUCAUGUGGGGUGGUCUUAUUCGUUUUGUUGGCUGGCUAUCUCCCAUUUCAUGAUUCAAAUCUGAUGGAGUUGUAUAGGAAGAUUGGUAAGGCAGAAUAUAGAUUCCCUAACUGGUUCCCUUCAGAAGUACGAAGGUUGCUGUCAAAGAUCUUGGAUCCAAACCCAAAGACUAGGAUUUCCAUUACCAAAAUAAUGGAAAAUUCUUGGUUCCAAAAGGGUCUUGAUCCUGUCCUGAGGAUCACUGAAACAGGAGAGAAAGAGCCAGCUGAUCUCGAGGUUGAGGCUGUAUUUGGUUCUAAUGAGAGUGCCAGCACCACUGCUGAGGCAAAGCAAGAAUUGGCGACGCUUAGUAACUUGAACGCGUUUGAUAUCAUUUCCUUUUCAGCAGGCUUUGACUUGUCUGGUUUGUUUGAGGAAAAUAAGCAAAAGAAAGAAGUGCGAUUUACAUCUAGGCAGCCAGCCUCAGCCAUCAUCUCUAAACUGGAGGACAUUGCUAAGCGUUUGAUGCUGAAGGUGAAGAAGAAGGAUGGUGGGUUGUUGAAAAUGGAAGGUUCAAAGGAAGGCAGGAAAGGCGUCUUGUCCAUUGAUGCAGAGAUCUUUGAGGUGACUCCAUCUUUUCAUUUGGUGGAGGUGAAGAAGUCCAGUGGGGACACAUUGGAGUACCAGAAAAUAGUGAAACAGGAGAUAAGACCAGCUCUCAAGGACAUUGUGUGGGCAUGGCAAGGUGAGCAGCAGCAGCAGCAGCAGCAGCAACAACAACCAGAAGAGCCAAUGCCCCUGUUGCAGCCCAUCUCACCUCCAGCUUCAUAACAUGUGAAAGUAUCUUACUCUUAGUUGUAAUUCUAAUCUGUAAGUUUUAACGUGGUUUCUCCUAUAGAUAUAAUAGAAGUGUUUGUUGUUGACAUCAUUACUGCAUAACGUAUUUAAAGUUUCUCAGUUUACAUGGGAGCUUGAAUAUGUACUGCCAUCGAAUCUUCACAUAUCACGAUGGUUCUAUUUCCUUA